AUGCUUCGACUCGACCGGAAUGAUACCAUGGCCUCACAGAAAUCCAGCGUGAAACAACCACAAGGUUGUGUUGGGUUGGCCUUACUAAUAUCCACAACAGCAGCCCGUGAUGCUCCUAAAAUUAAAAUAUUCGAAAUAAGAGAAAACGAGAAUGGAUUACAUUUGAAAAAUUUUAAUGCGGAUGCAAAAAGUAAUCCAAAAGCUGCUCCUUUGGCCAAGUUACUAAGGAAUCCAAAACAGGAUAAUCAAGCCGUAAGAUAUGCUAAGCAGUUACUAAGCCAAGUUAAGUAUGUAAAAGAAGAUGAUAAAGCUAAUAGGUUAAAGGAAGGUGCUUACAUUAUUGUACUGAAUAAUGAUAUUUCAAAAACAUCUGACGAAACCGAAGAAGAUACUUAUUUUGUGGACAAAACUAGAAAUGAAAAAAAUGCGAUGGAAAGUAACUCCAUUAAAGACUUGCUGCUGCAGUUAUUACCUUCGGAAAACGAAAGAAGGGCGAAUUUUAAACCUGGUACACUUCGAAUACCAAAGAAAAGUCUGAGAACUGGUCAAAAUGAUCAAGGAGAAUCUAGAAUGCCACAGCGUAAACAGGAAUUUAUAUAUUAUGACGAUGAUGCACUGACGCCGCGGGACUAUGAAAACCAAUAUAAUAAUAUAAUAAAAUAG